UAAAACACCCAUUGUGGAGGGGCAGCACCCAGUGUGUGUCUGCAUGCUCUCUGCUGUUAAUUCAAAGAUUUGAGAAGCUGAAGGGACUCACUGUGAACACACAGUCCUCCAGCAGUAUUGGAAGCUGUAUUGAUCUCUGUUCAGCUGUGUUUUGAGUGGAUCUGCGUGAGACGUCUAUCAAGGCCUGGUUGGACUCCGUUCUGCUGUUCUGUGAAUUCCUCCUCUCCUGCCUCAGCCCCUGGGCCAUGGUACAUCAUCGUGCAGCAGCUACAAUAUGAGUAUAACUUCAUCCACCACCCUGGACAGCCAGCUGACCACAACCUGGGGCCCUGCCAACUCCUACCCUGAUGUUCCGAUGGUGAUGUCCGGUUACACAAGCCGCCUGUGGCCUCGUGACUCCCAGCCGCAGUUCUGGACUAAGUACCAGGUGUGGGAGUGGCUGCAGCAGGUCAUGGACAUGCACCAGAUCGAUGCCUCCAGCAUUCCCUUCCAAAACUUUGAUAUGGACGGCCAUCAGCUCUGUAGCCUGAGCUACCAGGACUUCAUCCGUGCUGCCGGCAGCGUGGGACACAUUCUCUUCCACAGCAUCACAGAGCUCAAGUGGGGCGGGCAGUACCAUGUGGAUAUCGGGCAACUGGAGCUCAAACCAGAAUUAGACUUCUCCUGCCCAUUUCCAGAUGUCAGCUACUCACCUGGAGAAAUCUAUGAUUCCUCGAUCCACCCCCUCGCACCUGUCGCCUCUCCGACCCCUUCUAGCCCUGAUAUCAAAAGGACUUUCAGUCGUCCUCAUCAGGUCAAAAAACACAACCCGAGGGGGACCCACUUGUGGGAGUUCAUCAGGGACAUUCUGCUGAACCCAGAGCGAAACCCCGGGCUGAUCAAGUGGGAGGAUCGGACAGAAGGGGUUUUUCGCUUCCUUAAGUCGGAGGCGGUGGCGCAGUUAUGGGGCAAGAAGAAGAAUAACAGCAGCAUGACCUACGAGAAACUAAGUCGGGCAAUGAGAUAUUACUACAAAAGAGAGAUCUUAGAGCGAGUGGACGGACGCAGACUGGUUUACAAGUUCGGGAGGAACGCGAGAGGAUGGAGGGAGUCAGAGAAGUGACGAUUUCAUUAAUUUAAUGUGUUUUUGUCUUUGAAGUUGUAUGCAAAUAUCAAGUUUUACUGUAGUUUUUGUUGUCUGUUUUGAUAAAGAUUUGUUUGAGCUGUUUACACAUUGUUGAUAACUGUAUCUGUUUGUUUUGGUUUUUUUGCUUUUGAAUUGUACCCCUUUGCUGUGACACUGCACUGAGAAGUCCUUGACCGUGCCUUAUUAAAAAUGUGCUUAUCGAACCUGUGUUUACAUGAAGCCCUGUAAGAGAAAGGAAAAACGAGAAGCUGACAAAAAGAAACACAGUGAAUCCCGUUUCUCUUACACUGAUUUUUUUUUUUCCCAGAGGAGCACAUUUUUGCAUUCAAAACACAUGUUGCAGAGAGACAUGGAUGUAUGGUGAGUGUUUUGACAUGUGUACUGUGAAGCGUCCUUUGGGAUGGGAUGCUUGACCGCUGCAGGAAAACGACGUCAGUAAUGAUAGAUGAAUGCGUUCCAUGAGCACGAUGCAGCAAUGAAUUGAGAGAAUACAAGCAGUAAAUUGUGUAUCUUGUCUUUGCAUUCACUGAGCUGUAAAAGAGAAAGUGUGUAAAUGUUUGUCGUUGUUUGAUACAAAUAAAGACCGUUGUUUUUAUUUCA